UCGGCCAUCUUUGUUCUACGUGAGUAGCAUCAAGUUUGAAAGACUGUUUCGUUUCUGGCUUUUAUUAUGGCUCAAGAUCUGUGAACUCCUGAACAUGUUGACGUCGCAUCAUUUGCUGCUUGUGUUUCUGGCGAAUAGCGUUUUCGCUGAUUGUAUUGACACUGAGCAAACCAAGACUUAUGAAAACAGCACCUUACUGCACAACUCUAAACGAUCUGGAACUGAAAAAACAAAUUACAUAAUCCCUUACUACGGUGAGAUUCUCUAUUCCAUGUAUGAAGGGAAAGAUAUUUUAAUUGAAGGAUGGGCACAUAUGCUUUCAAAAAGGUUUAUAAUAGAGCUGUGCACUAGAGAUGACUGUACCCGUGACAUACCAAUGCAGAUGACUGCUCGGCCGAACAAAGGAAAAGUUGACCUGAGUUAUAAAGUAGACAGCGUUCAAGGUCCAGGAUCUUCGAUAUCUACAAGUGCUUUUGACAAGAGACCAGAUUUCCAGAUAAAGUUCAAAAUCCAAAAUGGAAUUAAGAUAUACAUCAAUGGUGUUUACCUCACAGAUUACGGCGCAGGACGAGUAAAUAAGGAAAGCCUCAGAUAUUUGUCAGUACGAGGAGAAGUUUUUGUUAACUGGAUACUAUACGGUAUAAAGAAUCCAGUGAGUAACAGUUCAUUUUCCACCUUUUGUACGAUCACGACUUAAAAUAUUUUUCGUGUUAUUUAUCUACAAACUGUGUUAGAACAUUAACGUUUCUACCUUUGAAUGAUCUCUGAAAAGAAAUCAGAUAAUUAUAUUUUGAUCAUUUUUACUUUAAGCAUGAGAAUGCUACCAUUGUAGCAGUUAUGCAACAUAUUUAACUACCUACCAGAGGCAUAGCCAACUACUACGGCAACCUUUUACGUGCGUGAUUUAAAAAAAAAAGUUAAUAGCGUCAGAAAAGGUGUAGAUGGUGUAUUUAAGUUUAGUUAAAUUUUUAUGCUCUAAUAUAUUAUAAAUUUGCUUUAUAUGUCUGUUGGUAGAAUGCAGUGGCAUUCAUCAGAUAAAAAUCCCCGUGUUAUCUAAACAUAUAAAAUGACUAUGCAUGAUUGAUUGGCUAUUGGAAACUCUAAACAUGAGCAGGCAACAUUUGCAAAGACCAUAUUUCAACACAAAGGAUUAUCAUAGAGUAGAUCUAGAAUGUACUUUUCAAUAUAUGUACUUUUUAUAGAUAUCGAAAAAGCAAUACCAACUUGAGACAGGGCAGUAGACGACAUUAGUAAA